GCUCUAUAUAAGCAACAACUGUUCCUGUGCUUCACCUGUUCUUCUCCUGGUCAUUUCUAUCCGCUAUCCAAAUCAAUUCUUACCGAAAUUUGGGGGCUGAUUGCAGGACAAUGGCGGACGACAAGAAGGAUAAUCCGAAGCUGAACCAGCGGAUCGUAUCGUCUCUCUCAAAGCGAACUGUCGCCGCGCAUUCUUGGCAUGAUCUGGAGAUAGGACCUGAAGCCCCACAAAUCUUCAAUGUUGUUGUUGAGAUCACAAAGGGGAGCAAAGUCAAGUAUGAACUUGACAAGAAGACUGGGAUGAUAAAGGUUGACAGGAUUCUGUACUCGUCCGUAGUCUACCCACACAACUACGGUUUCGUACCACGGACGCUGUGUGAAGAUGGGGAUCCAAUUGACGUCUUGGUCCUGAUGCAGGAACCUGUCAUACCUGGUUGCUUUCUUCGAGCUAAGGCUAUUGGGCUUAUGCCCAUGAUUGAUCAGGGUGAGAAAGAUGAUAAGAUCAUUGCUGUUUGCGUUGAUGAUCCCGAGUACCGUCAUUUCAACGACCUUAAGGAGCUCUCCCCCCACCGCCUUGCUGAAAUCCGUCGCUUCUUCGAAGAUUACAAGAAGAAUGAGAACAAGGAGGUUGCUGUGAAUGACUUCCUGCCACCAAACACUGCACAAGAGGCCAUUAAGCACUCAAUGGACCUAUAUGCUGAAUACAUCCUGCAGAGUCUGAGGAACUAAUCGUAGUUGCAAACUUGCGAGGCUACAGAAACCGCCCUCAUGGUCUCGUAACACGACAAUAAUCGACUACAUGGCUUUCAUUUAAGGAGCUAUUUUUUCUAUGUACUUAAAAGAAAGGAACAUGUUAUCCUUAUGCAUAUUUUUGUGCAGAACAUUGUAACCAAGGACUAAUGUCAUGCUUCGGCAUAGUGUUUCGUUAUAUCCGAAUCAACGCUUGAAACAUUUAGUCCUGCC